CAUGUCAAGAGUAAUCGUAAUUGUAUGACUACUCCCUCCACAAGAACACAAAAACGCUCGCGCUCCUAAGUAGUUGCCUAGGUUUAUAGGAUCACAAUGAUGACGGUGCUCAAUUAUCCCAGAACAUUUGGUCAGCGCGUUCUCGUCGCCAUUGCCACCUUGCGUUGGCUUGUUGUGACCAAGAGUGCUGGAACGUUUUUUGUCGAUGCGCGUCUGGUACUACGAAAGGCUGGAGGAGGCUCCUCGUCUUCAACUUCAGCCACUGACGGGCUCUUACGUGACGCGGCGUUGAAGGUCGUCAUAGAGCACGCAUGUGCCGGAUGGAAAAACUCUGCUUCAGCUGCUGAUGGACAUCAACAUCAUGGAGAGAACUCGAGUUCUAGUGGCGUCACUUCUACUUUUAGGGAAGGAGCAAUUAUAAACUGCAAUAUUAAAAUAACGAAGACGAGAAGUUAGUAGCUCUUUCUCUUUGUUAAAACUCUGCUUCAACAUGGCCCACUCUGUGGAGUCAACGCAGAUCUUUUGUGAGCAUUUGACUGAUUGACGGAAGGAAAUCAAUGCGAGUUGCCCACUCCUGGCGGCCCUCUCUUAGAGCACCAGAACCCCAUCCCUAUCACUAAUCACAUACACAGUCUUUCGUACAUGCCUCAUGUAAGGUAAAAAGUAGUACUUACAGCACCUUCUAAAACAAAUGCAAAUCACACCACACCUACGACCCAUUCCCUGACAUCAACGGUUCCUCCGCCACUUGGGGUCACUUUCGGAGGAGGUUACUCCUACUCGAUCUUUGAAGCCGAUCAGCACGCUUGGUGUGUCUGUCCUGAUUGUGUAGCGUUCCACGAUGAUGACAAUGGUUAUCAUGAUUGGAACAGGACAAGGAGUCGGAGACCGGAAGAGGUGCAGCUUAUGCGUCCAAAAGUUGUCGUUCGUUUGUUCAUAAUAUAUAUGAUGGACUUCUAAAUAAUACUUCUACUUAUGUACCUAGAGAUCAUGAGUAACUAGAAGCAUUAGUUUAGAAAACAAAUACGACAACCUUGCACCUGUUUGCUGUGAGAAAAGAAUCAAACUGCACCUCUAAGACUCGCUUAGCAAAGACUAAGAACGCGGUCCGUUUCGUUCGGCAACUUGCGACGGGGUUUGAAUGCACGAGUCGGAGACUAGCGCAGCAAUUUUUGGAGCACAAGCGAUAUCGUGCAGCUGAAAUAUUUAAGGACGAAAGUAGAUUUAGUAAAAAUUGUGAUGUGAAGAACGAUCAUGAAGAUUCUUUCGUACAACUAACGAACUUAAGAGGAAGAUUAGACGACCAUCGAUCCUACCCCUUUACCUCUAGCUCUAACUUCCUAUCUCAAGCAAGGCACGAGCUUCACCAUGAGGACCGAAGGCCUAGUCGUGUCAUUGAUGGCAUCUAUCAAGACAAGGCGUUUUCAAGAGACCUCAAAGAAGCAAUCCUGAACAUGGUACGAGAGCUCAGCCGCGAUCGAGCCUGUACGUUUAAUCGCGUUCAUGGUUCUUACACCACCGCAAUGUUGUGGCAGAACAUUUAUCGGCAGAGCUCCCUUCAUCACCUGUGGAGAAGGGGAAGCGGGAACACUGCUCAAGGUACUGGGACAACGCCUGAGGCACCCGCUAGUACAACGACUAGGACAAGUGAUACAACUGGGAGCCACGACGUGGUACAGACCACUUGUCCUCUAUGCCAACCCAACGAUCCAGAUCAGGAAAUGGCACAGCGUUUGCCACAGGAAUUGACGGAAUUGGUUUAUCUUCUUGGCGAACUGCUACGACUAGCGAGAGAUCCUGACGAAUGGGUGCGCCAAGUGACCUAUAAUGAACUGCAUCUUACGAGAAAGUUUUCGCUUUGUCUUCGAUGUCGUGGUAAUACGAUGUCGUCCUCUGGGAUAAUUCUUUCUAAUACGUAAGGACAGGCUUCUCGGAGGUAAAAAAUAACUACAUCUUGAAGUUUGUUGUACAAGAAAUCUGCUUCUUAUAAUCUAAAUCUUCUAAGUACCAAAUCCUACAGUCAAUGGGUGCAAUCGGUCAGCGACCUGUGCAAGUGCGGAUCGUACAACCAGACGCCGAGGGUCGGGAUGGUGUCGACGAGGGUCGGGAUGUUGAGAUAGAGGAGGUGGAAGCAGUAGAUGAGGCGAGCAGUCGGUUGAGUGAUCAGCUCUCCUUUCUGCACGUCCUGCAGGAGGAGCACGAGCUUAAUGAUCAACUGCGGCAAGAAAGGGUAAGACGAGAAAGGGUAAGGCCACGAUUUCAGGACCAGCAGGUGCAUCAAACUGUACCAGGACGAGGGGAGAUCGUAGGAUCAACAGCAACAGCAUCUUCAGCAUCAGCAGGUGAAGGAAGCAUUACCACGGCAAACAGCGCUCAUGGUGGAGGAGAACAGCAACAUCAUUAUAGAUUCACUUCCACGAGUAGCAGUAGUAGUACUGCAGGAGGCAGUGACUCGGGUACAACUUCCGCAGAGCACGCAGUCACUGUAGGCGCAGAGCGAUCGCGAAUACAGGCGGUGCACGAGGUGCAGCAAUCCGCUUUGUCAAGUACUACCUCCGCGCGCCAAAGCCCAGCAUCUCCUCGACUCGCCCUCCAAAGACUUGUCUACGUGCCCGAUGAGGACUCCACUCCUGAAGACGACGCACACACUUACGUUGGCACACCGCACAUUGAGCUCAACCUAAGAAGUGGCGCUGAGAUUCCGUCAUCGCGAGAAUUAACCAGAUUAGUGAGGGACAAAUUGCGUGAACGGGAACACGGUUCGCAUGUAGAAGAAAGACAGGUAGGACCAGGAGACGACUCAGAAGACGAUGGACCAAGUACAAGGAAGGAACAGCAAUCAGGAUCAGUACUACGGAGGCGUAAGCUGAGCUUUUUCCCUUCUCCCAGGAAAAUGGAGGUCGAGAAAACAGAAGGCAUCAGACUUGGCGACUCCUCCGACUUCAUGAUUGACAACGACAAACCACCUGUACAACUUACUAGUGGCGGGGUUUCUAAACAUCAGAGUCAACAGCAUGAUGAGCCUUGUCCUAUGGACGUUGAGGGACGCGAAGAUGGUAGUUGUGAAGGGCAUGUUGUGGAGCAGGAGCAGAUGGAGAAGCAUCCCAAUACGGCUAGCAGUAGCAGUGAUGUGAAGUUAAGGGUAGGUUAAAGGUGCUUUUCUUACCGCUUUUUAUGCCUCUCCUAAGGGAGAAAGGCAUAACAAGCGGGGUAAGCGAGCACCAAAAACCUACCUCUAAUGAAGAGAGAAAUCGACAAAUUGCAAUCUCAGACCCCUGAAGAUGAUGCACCGGAGGAUGCUCAAGAACAAAAGGAAGCUCUUGCUCAUGACAUUUCCCGGUAUAUGAUGACUUUGAUGGGUGCAUAUUGUAGGUCUGACUUCGACGAAACGACUUUUGGUGAUGAUUGGUAUACCACGACAACUCCUAGUAGAGAGCAAGCAGGAGAUGCUGCCAACGCCAUCGACGUCGAUAAAGAAGGGUUAUCACCGGAAUCAGAUGAAUUAGCUUCACUUCUCUUUGCUAAUCCGCUUGUGUCCCCUCGACCUGCUGGAAAACAUCAAACAGUUUUGAAAAGCACAGCACGAUGGGACUCGUGUACAACAAAACCGUCGGAAGGCGCAGAAGUAGACUCCGAUCUUAACGCAGCAAUCGAGCAACUAGGACAAGACUUCUUACAGCACUUUUCUCCAACAACGACACCACGUGGUUCAGGAGUCUUCACCUUCCGUAAUAAAAAAAGUUCCUCAGAAAUAACGACUCCUACAGGCUGUUGUAGCUUGUCUUUGCAACAGAGUGGAGGUUCAGCUUCAUCGGGUUCAGCAUCUUCCUCAGGACAGACUCAAACAAGCAGCACCCCAACCUGUCCUGACCAGAAAAAGCCUAUGAUCUCUGUCGUUUCUCCUGCAGAAAAGCAUAGGAGAAAACUUGCCACGCGCAUCCGACAUCCGAUCCUUCGUCGAAAGAUCAAAACGCUCACGGCAUUGGCAUCAACUAAAUUCUGUUCGUCUAGUACAUGUACAUCGUGUAGGAGUGAAGAUUGCUGUACUUUUAGUGGGAACGAACGAGCCACGACAGCCAGUAGUAAAAGGAGUUGUAAAACAGCAGAUAAUAUGAAGAAGACGGACAAAACACCAAGAACGAGAGUAUCCUUAAGCGCUGUAAGUUGACCGAUAUAUGCGCAUAUCUAUGGCCUCUUCAAGUAGGAAAGCCGUAAAUAUGCGAGCUAGGUCGGUCAAGUUCCACUUCCAGCCGCUAAUAUCCUAUGAUGACCGCGAUGAAGAACAAGUCCCUGACCUUCUCACAGAGCGUCUUUUCUGGUGCCGUGGUGGCUUCAAGAGGCUGGUCACUGAGGUGAUUGCGAGAACGCUAGUGGCAAUGCUGCCGCGACAAUCGAGAGAAGAUUUGCGCAUGCUGAUAAGUGACAUGAUAUGAUCAACCUUUUUGUGGAGUAGAUGGAGAUUAGUUACCCUAUUGUAUGUGGUGGCCCGGUGGCUCUUUGACAGAAGCUACGGACGCACGUAUAGUAACAAGUAUACCACGACGCUUGAUACUUGUUCUUCCAGCACUCCUCGACCUCGUGUGUACUUAAUUCAUCAUGUCAUGAUUAGGAAAGAUGUAUACUCACACUCAGUGUGAAUCAGCCUCCACUCCAGGUGACUUUCAUCUAUUCUGCCGCGAGUCCACAGUCAUCGCAGUCUAGCUUUGCGGAUUAAGACGGCACUAGAGGCCCAAAUCCGCUUGGACGCGAGUCCGCAUGUGCGUGCUAUCUGCAGACUAGUUAUGGGUGUACGGAAUUCAUCUCCCAAGUCAUCUGGAAGAAGAAAACAAGAAGAAAAAGAGAGCCACACGAUUCCGGAGAUGGAUUUCCUAUGCCUCUAAAGUAGGGGUCGCGACGUUGCGCACAAAGCUGCAGCGAUUGGCGCCACCACCGCAGCCGCUAGAAAGAAUGAGUGGAAAACGAGAAAUGUGAGUUUUAGAAGGGAAUUAGAUCUAAUUGAUAAGCCUGCAUCGAUCUGAUUUAGAAGACGUUUAAGAGUACACCGUACACGCUCGUGAAAAUAUAGACCUUUGCUCUUCUGGGAUGAAGUCUUUCGAAAAUGGAAGCACAUAGAAACAUUGUAAGUACUCACUCGAAUUCAUGAAGACGCGGUAAAGUAAAGGCGCUGUUCUGUAGUUAUGGAGCACUAGAGGUAUCAAGGACAAGAGCGUGGUAUUGAUGCGAUACAUUUAUGGAAAUCGAUUGUAAGCGCUUCUCUGAGUGGAGCUUGCCGGCUGAUAAAAGCAAAUAAAAAUACACAUUUCAACUCGGGACAGAAAAACUAAGCAUGGCGCAUAGAUCGAACAAGUCGCGAACUAAAAACGUCCCACAUUUUCAUGUACAAAAGUAGUUACGUGAACGAAUAGAAGAUAUCAAGGUGGUCCGAAAGAGGAGAAGAAAGGACAAGGCCAACCUGAUGACAUGGAAAUCGACUACGGAGAAAGCCCGGCUCUUGUUUCAGGCAAGCAAAUGUGGUCUCCUGAAAUGGGCGAUUUCCGACAAGCACCUGGAUGGUCUAUUUCUGAAGAAGGUAUCCUCGCUGUCCACUUCCUUCGUCUAUGCGCGAAAUGGGAAAAACUGGUCUCGGCACUAUUGAUUCUCCACAGCAAC